AUGCGGCGUCCGCCUCCCGAGAUUAUGGCAGCAUGGCCGAAGCCGAACUAUGUUGAUCCUCCUACUCGAGGGAAUGCUGCACUGAUCAUUAAUGUUGUCGGCAUUGUUCUGGCGUUCAUUGUGACUUGCCUUCGCCUGUAUACCCGCCUGAGAAUUACGUGCAGCCCUGGCCUUGACGAUAUUCUUGUAAUAAUUGGCUUAGCCUUUGCAGUCGGCAUGUGCGCUGUCAUCUGCCUGGCGGUUGUGCACGUUAUCAACAUCUUCACAGAUUUUCUUUCCACGGUGGUUCCAAUGCCACUGAUCUGGAACUUGAGCUUGCCCGCCCGACAACGUAUAGCAGUGAUUUCUAUUUUCGGACUGGGGAUCGUGGUAAAUGUUGCUGGGUCAGUCCGAACCGUUUAUGUGUGGAAGAGCAUGAUCGCCUCAUACGAUACGACCUGGAUGGGCUGGCCAGUCCUGCUGGCCGCAUCGGUGGAGAUCAAUACGGGCCUGAUUUGUGCGUCUGCUCCAGCCUUGAGGCCACUUGCGGCAUUUUUCUUGCCUCGUCUACUUCAAUCCAGUCGCAACUACGCCUCGUAUCUUCCACGCAGCCGCUCCCAAAAGCUGUGGUCCUCUACGGGUCCGUCCAAAAGCUCCAAGAACGAGUCGCACCAGUACGGAGAUACCAUGUUAGAUCGUAUGGAGGUUCUGCGGACUGUAGAAAUGGAAACCUGGACUGAGACGAGAGCUCCAGGCGAGGUAGCUGACAGCAGCUGCAAAGUCACGUCCAACCACACCCAAAUUGCAUCGCCAAUACAUCCCUUCGAAUUCAAGAACGGCGGCAGGGUGAUUACUUCCCCAGGCAGCGACAAGUCGACCGUGUCUCUCACGCGAGAUAUGGAUGAGUCCCCAUUUGGCGACAAGCAUUCCAUUUGA